AUGCUGGAGUGGCUGUUCGACAACCGUCCGGCUGUCCCUUCGCUUCAAAGUGGGGUCGUCCGACACGUGGUCGAGGACUUCAUCGCUGAACAGGUCACCAAGCGAAUGUACGACAACCUUCACAUGAGGAGGAACAAAAAACGCGUCGAGCAGCCGCCAGCUGCCCUGAUCGCGCUGUUUAAUGCGGCGGUGCACCACCUGGCGACGGUGAUGAGCAGCCACUCGCUGCCGGAGCUAUCAUGGCCGCCGGCGGAGCUGGCCGACACCCCGGCCGGCGGCCGCCUGCCGCCUGCCGACUGGAACCGGCCUGCCCGCCUGCUCCUGCUUAGAGAGUCUGUCGAGCGGCUAACGCUGCCCUGCCUAGUGCUGGACGAAGACGCUGACUGGGCGGCCAGCUGCGCCGAAGUGCUGCACUACGUGGGCGGCGUGUGUGAGCCCGGCCAGGACUGCACGCCGCUCCUGUACAGGGUACAGAGUCUGCUGCAGGAGCGGCUGCGGGAGCUGGAGGAGGCCGCCUGGCCGCUGCACGAGGACAUCGCGUCUCGGCCGCUGGCGGCCAGUCUGCCCUGGACCGACAUCAUCCAGUGUUGCAUCGAGCUGCGCACAGCCUUGCUGACGGGCUCGGAGAAGGCCUACUUCCUGCCGGACGAGAUGGCCCACUUCCGCGUGCCGGACGCCUGGGCCGAGGCCACGUCGGCCGGACAGACGCAAGUGUCUCUGUCGUUGGAUGCGUCCAUUGGGAUCGCGAAGAGGCCGCUCGAAGAGUUUUUGAAUGACUCGGUCAGCAAGCGACGACCGGAGAAGUCCAGCUCGCCACGUCCCUCGCUAGAUGUCAGCACUGAUAUCAAAACGGAAAUGGACAUGUCCUUGGGCUGGGAGGAACGACUUAGGGAGCUUGUGGACCAAGGGUCACGCUGCUCAGGCGGCCUGCCGCCGGUGCCCGCCGUCGCUGCCGAGCAGGUGUAG